AUGGAAAAUUCAAACUCUUCCUCUUCUUUAUUUGUUUUAUUGUUUUCCUCUUCUUCAAUUCCUGCUAAUCCUAAUGAGAAGAAGGGAGUAGUGAUGACAGGUGUUACAAUUGUUUUCUUAAUUCUAUCAUUUUCUAUUUUUUCUAAUGAUUUUGGUUCUGGAUCUUUUCUAUCUUUUGUAAUUUUAGUAGGGGUUGGUGUAGUAAUGACCUUUUCACCUUUUGUUUGACUUUUCUCAUUCUUUAUUUCCACUUUCUG